AUGGUCGUGGCCAUAGCGAUGGCGAUCGCUGGACCAAGCCAGCAGCGACCCUGCGCGACCCUGCUCAGAGUCAGCUCCGCGCCACACCGCCCCUCUUCCUCGUCAUCCUGGUCGCUCCCUCCCGACUGGGAAUCUUGUAUCGGCAUUGAGACGCAUGCUCAGCUUCUCUCCCCAACAAAGCUCUUCAGCCCGACUCGCACGUCGUCCUCUCCCUUCACGCCCCCGAACACCCUCAUCAACCCCUUCGACCUCUCCCACCCCGGUACCCUGCCCUCUCUCGUACAACCACCAACCCUAGCCGCAGCAAUCCGAGCAGCCCUCUUCCUCAACUGCCAAGUCCAAGCUGAAUCACGCUUCGACCGAAAGCACUACUUCUACACGGACCUACCUGCCGGCUAUCAGAUCACCCAAAAAUGGGCUCCCUUCGCCAAGGGAGGGUGGAUCGACUUGCCUGCCGAAGAGGGUCAGGACGAUGUCAGAGUAGAGAUCGAGCAAGUCCAAUUGGAGCAAGAUACGGCCAAGUCCACCCAUUCAACCUCCAUUGAAGUCUCCGAUGUCUCUCAAGCGCACAUAGACCUCAAUCGAUCCAACCUCGGACUGAUAGAAAUCGUGUCUGGCCCACAACUCCGCAGCGCUACACAAGCAGGCGCGUAUGUGCGCAAGCUCCAAGAACUGCUCCGUCGUUGUGUUGCCAGUGAUGGGAACAUGGAGACGGGAAGCAUGCGAUGCGACGUCAACGUCUCUAUCCGUCCCCGAGGGAGCAGGGAGUGGGGCACACGUUGCGAGGUAAAGAACGUCAAUGGGGUACGCUUCAUCCAGAAGGCGGUGCGUAGCGAGAUCAAGCGACAAUUCGAGCUACUCCAUGCCUCGUCGGACGGUGAGGUGCGUCAGGAGACGCGAGGUUUCGAUGAGCGAACAGGUCAGACCUUCUUCUUGCGAUCGAAGGAGGACGCACCUGAUUAUCGGUACAUGCCCGACGCGAACUUGCCGCCGCUUGUGCUGGGAAGGGGCAAGGUGGAGGAAGUCAGAAAGGGGUUGCCGGAGCAUCCUGAUGCACAGAAAAGUCGGUUGGUUGGGAAGGGAUGGAGAAUACCAGAGCGUGAUGUCGGUGUGCUGAUGAGGGUGGGCUUGGAGGGGGCUACGCUGGUGCAAGAGAAGAAGGAGGCGUGGGCAUUCGAUCGACCUGGAGUGGCGGUCGAGUAUCUCGAGGCUGUCUUGGCGUCGAGCUCCUCAAGCGUCAAGCUGCCACCAUCACUGGUCGCAAAGUGGAUCGUCCACGAGGUACUCAAAGCGCUCAACAGCCUGCCAGAGCAAGAAGGGCAGUCACGAUCAGCGCCUGCGCCUGCGAGACUGCGCGAGCUUCUCGAGCUGGUGGAGGGUAAGGAGGUGACGACGCACAACGCAAGGGCGAUUCUGGGCAAGCUGGUCGAGAUGGAAAACGACGCAGGGAAGCGAAAGAGCCAGGAGAGCGUGCGAGAGAUGGCAGCAGCGGCUGGCUUCAUUUCGCCUGCUUCCGCAGCAUUGUCCACCUCUCCUGCUUCCACCACAACCUCCUCAUCCCCGGACGACGCCCUUCACGAGCUCUGCACGCGCGUCAUCGCCUCUCUACCAGACGAAGCCGCCAAAGUACGCGCGGGCAAAGUCAAGGUUGUUCAGCGAAUGGUGGGCGAGGUCAUGAAGAUGAGCAAGGGGCAGGCGGAUGCCAAGAGGGCGAGAGAGGUGCUGUUGGAGAUGUGUGAGCAAGCGGGCCAGUGA